UAUAAUCAUAUGGUAUCCACAACUUUUUUAUUCUUUGCGAAAUUGUACCCAGAACUUAACGCGCCCAUUUCGUUUCCGCUUUUAGAGAGACCUCUCUUGACUAGCUAGUGUUCAUACUUCACUUCAUAGUUCAUAGUGCAUAGCACUAUACAGCAGUCUUCCUCUUCUAAGCAGCCAUGGCUAGCACGACCUCUACAGCAGUCCUCCUCGUCUCAACCGCCAUCCUCGUCGCCGCAGCGACCUACUUCCGCCACGGCACGCUCAGCGGCGGCGGCGGCACCGCCGGAACGCACCUCCAUUUCUUCAUGCACGACCAGUACACCGGCGCGAACCCGACGGCCGCGCUCAUCGUGCCCGGAAGGCCGCCGCUCUCCAACGCCACCGCCACCGCCACCGCCACCGGCAGCGGCGAUGACGACGAGCACCCGCGCCGGUUCGGCGACAUCGCCGUGAUGAACAACGCGCUCACGGAGGGGCCCGGGCGCGGCAGCGCGCGCGUCGGCACCGCGCAGGGGUUCACGGUGCGCGUGGCGGAGCGCGGCUCCGUCAACGCGCUGAGCAUGCACCUGGUGCUGGAGGCCGGGGAGCACGCGGGCAGCUCGCUGGUGGUCAGCGGCAGGGUCGACACCGACCUGGCCGUGCGCGAGUCGGUGGUCGUCGGCGGCACCGGCCGGUUCCGCCUCGCGCGGGGCUACGCGCUCAGCAGGAGCUACGACUACGACCUGGCCAAGGGAGGCGUCGUGGAGGUCGAUGUGUACCUGCAGUAGGUUCGCAUGGCAUAUUGGCAUGCAUCGCUCGUUCCUUACCUCUGUACUGCUAUUUGAUCGGUUUUUAUGUUCACUAUCCUGCAGUUUCCCAGAUUUCAAAUUUAUGUUUACAAGAACUGGGACUAGCUAUGAGCUGAAAACUUGGUCCAGUAAUAACAAGGACUUUGGUUUGGCUAUACUUGGUUUUGUAUGUUUCUUUCGUGGGUGUACUGUAAAUUAAUCCUGUUUCACGGCCGUUUAAGGUAAGGUUUUUCUUUUGUUUUACUGUAAAUUUUCAUUAUAAAAACAGAACGAAAAGAUUCAUUUGUGAA